UGGACGGCUAAUCUCGCGAGAGGAGUCCGACCCUGUUCCGUGGAAUGUUUCCACCAUGCUCUGCACCAGCUUGCAAUAUUAACCCUACCAGCUAACUACGAACUGAGCGGCGUUUCCACCGGUUCAGAGUUGAAAUGAAGGCUGUGAUUCUCGCCGCCGGGUACGGAACCAGGCUCCAGAGAGAUGUAGCAGCCGACAGCAGCGGGAGGUUCGCUCACCUGGCUGGCACUGCCAAGCCGCUCCUGCCGGUGGGACGCUGUGCCUUGAUAUCCCACUGGGUCCAUGCGCUGACCGCCUCUGGCUCGGUGGACGGCAUUUAUGUUGUUACCAAUGCUGUUUACCAUGCUGCAUUUGAAGAGUGGGCAUCACAGUUCACAAAUGUCAAGAUUCUCAGCGAUCAGACAAGAAGCAAUGAUGGGCGUCUUGGUGCUGUGGCCUGCCUGCAACUUGCAGUAAAGCACUUCAACAUAGAAGACCAUGUCUUAGUAAUUGGGGGUGACACCCUCUUCAAAGAAGAUUUUAGCCUCGGGAAAGUAAAAGAAAGGUUUUCCGACCUCCAAGCAAAGUGUGAGGACAGCUGUCUGGUGCUCUCGUACCAGUGCAAAGAGGAGGAAACUUCUAAAUACGGGAUAUUGGAAGUAGACAGUGAUCUUCGGGUCCUCUGUAUGAAGGAGAAACCUCUUCCUUCUGAGACAAAGUCGAGGAGAGCAUGUCCCUGUUUCUACGUGUUUUCAAAGAAAAGCAUUCCUCUGUUGGAUGCCUUCCUUGAGGAAAAGAAGGAGGCUCCUAUUGAUAAGAAAGAUGCCCCAGGAAACUUUGUGUCUUGGCUCAUUCCAAGGAAGCCAGUAUACAUUCAUCUGAUUUCUGGGCGUUUCGACGUUGGAAACUUGCCUUCCUAUAUUGAAUGUGAUCUUUACUUCAGAAAACAACAAGAUAGCAGGUCUUACAUGGUGUAGAGGAAACCCCAUAUUUAUUAUACCAUGCUAAAACAUGAUCCAAGACCAGCACAGAUCAAAUGGCCAAAUUCAAGAAUCUGUCUGUGACGGUCAAUUGAGAAUUGUAACUGUAAAUGAGCCUUUAAAUAACAUUUGUAAUUUCAUAAUGAAUAUUUUCUAUUUU